CACUUAAGUUUGUUUCAUCUAGAAAACAACAAUGGCUGGGCCCCAUAGCAGUCUCACCUUAGCAGAUGAGACAAUGUUUUCCCUCUCUGCUCCUCAAGCCUAGCUAUGCCAUCCUCAUAGUCUUAGGAGAGUGUGAAAUUCAGUUUCCAUAUUUUGUAUUUUAAAGGCCAGCUCACAGUGCACUGUUGGAUGCUUUCUUGGAAUCUCUUUACUACUAACCUUUUUCCUGUCUCUUUCAGAAGCUGAAGGUCUAUGGUGGCUGAUAUUUUUAUCUAGUCUUCUAUAGACUUGAUUGACAGGAUCUAUACCGUCUUACGGCCAAUGUCAUAACACAUUCAACUUUGUCCCUUCUUCAAAAAUGGGCAUAUGCUUGCUGCUUGCUAUUCCUUUGGUGUGAUCUCAGAUGUUGAACUGGAGUGAGCUCAGUGGAAAUGCUGCCAACACCUAGCACUUCAUAUGGAGAAAGGAGUUCCAGAGAGAUGAGCCAGUAAAAACCGGGUUUGAGCCAACUGCUUGGCCAGGAUGAGCUGGAGUUUCCUGACGCGGCUCCUGGAGGAGAUCAACAACCACUCAACCUUCGUGGGCAAGAUCUGGCUCACCGUCCUCAUCAUCUUCCGGAUCGUGCUGACGGCCGUCGGGGGCGAGUCCAUCUACUACGAUGAGCAGAGCAAGUUCGUGUGCAACACGCAGCAGCCCGGCUGUGAGAAUGUGUGCUACGACGCCUUUGCCCCACUCUCCCAUGUCCGCUUCUGGAUCUUCCAGAUCAUCAUGGUGGCCACGCCGUCAGUGCUGUACCUGGGCUUCGCUAUGCACCGCAUUGCUCGGAUGCCGGAGAAUGCACGGCGCCGGCCUCUGGCGGGCCGGCGGGCACGCAUGCCAGUCGUGCGCCGGGGAGCUGGGCGGGACUACGAAGAGGCGGAGGAUGACAACGAAGAAGAUCCCAUGAUCUUUGAGGAGAUCGAGGUGGAGAAGGAGAAAAGCACAGAGGGUGGGGAAAAACACGAUGGCCGACGCCGCAUCAAGCAGGACGGGCUGAUGCGUGCCUAUGUGCUGCACUUGCUGUGCCGCUCGCUGCUGGAGAUGGCCUUCCUCUUCGGGCAGUACAUGCUGUACCGCUUCGAGGUGAGCCCAUCCUACGUGUGCAGCCGCAGCCCCUGCCCGCACACCGUCGACUGCUUCGUCUCCCGCCCCACCGAGAAGACGAUUUUCCUGCUUGUCAUGUACGCGGUCAGUGGGCUCUGCCUUUUCCUCAACCUCUGCGAGCUCGUGCACCUCGGCGUGGGCCGCAUCCGGGACCUGCUGAGCCAGCCAGACGAUCCCCCGCACCUUGACGACACCAGCCCUAGGCUGCAGUAUGCCAAGAAAGCUCCCAGCGCGCCCCCCACCUACCACUCGCUGAAGAAGGAGCCCCUGAAAGCCCCACUGCCCAACGGCAAGCUGGACUACAGGGAGAGCUUGGCCAACUCGGCGACGGAGCACUUCGCCCUGGCUGGCGCUCCCCCAGAGCACGAGCUGGACAGGCUGCGCAAGCACCUCCGCAUGGCCCAGGAGCACCUGGAGAUGGCCUUCCACCUCAACCCGCCGCUGGACACUGCCAGCCCGUCCCGCAGCAGCAGCCCAGAGGCCAACGGCAUCGCUGCUGAGCAGAACCGCCUCAACUUUGCCCACGAGAAGGGGGGGACCACCUGUGAGAAAGCCACAGGGCUGUGAGUGCCACGUGGUGCCUCUGGGACUGUGGAGUGGCUGCUCCUGUGAUCACUGGAAAGGCAGCCCGCCAGGAGAGCGCAGGGCUGAGGACCGAGGUUUCUCUCCCGUUGGCUGGCUGGGGGCAUCCCUUGUCCCGGUGGGCAGGGAUGGGGAAGGGGUUACGGGGAACAUUCCUUCACUGUUCUUAAUUUUUAAAAAAAGGGAAUAUCUUAUUUUUGUACGUUUUUAUAAACUCGUCAGCGUGUACCCUGGCAUUUCUAUACUCUGCUCCUGAUUCCUGCUCUAGGCCUGCACCUUCCCUCUCUGUCUCCCCUUUUACCCCUCUUCCUUCUUCACCCCAUUCCGACAGCGGCCUCCAGCCGCGCCAGCCGGAAGGGCGCUUCACACGCACGGGUCACGGCGGAGACACCGACGUUGCCAGCGCUUUCCCGUGGCGUGGGGCAGCUGCCCUGGAGCUGUGGCUGUGCAGGGUCCGGCUGGCUGGGCCAAAGCCACAGACUAGGGCUGUGCUUGCAUUGAGGCUGAAGCAGGGGGUGACAGCGGCGACCUGUUCCCGGACAGCGGGGUAGGUCCCGGUGGCACGGCUGCUCGCAGGGGCGAUGGCCUGGGGCUGCAUCGCCCCAGGGGCAGGAGGGGCUGGAAGCUGCUCGCUUUAGGGAAGGGACUUGUGCUCUGCCAGACAGGACGCCCCAAGCGGGAGCUGUGCGUGGCGGGGGCUGUGCUGGGCCAGCCCCCACCCCCCUGGGCCGCGGGCAGGCGGCUGCUCUUGGGGGGCAGCGGGGCAGUGCUGCGCGGCGCCUCCGCCUCGCACGUUGGUACGAGCCGCCGGGGCCGUCCCGCAUGGGAAUGUGUGCGCAAAGGGCAGGGGCAGCCCUUCCCGUCCCCCCACUUCCCUGCUGGCGGCUUCGCUCGCCAGCGUUUGGACCAAAGCCGAUUCUGGCUGCUGCAGCCGCAGGGCCGUACGGUGGGCGCUCGCAGCCCGCGGUCCUGCUGCUGGAGGGUGCAGCGCCCCGAGCCGGGGGCCCGCAGGGAGCUGGUGGGGCGUUUCUGAUCAUCUCAGCUGGGGUCACGUGGUGAUUUUGUAGCUUUGUUUUGUACUCAAAUGAUUGUGACCUUUUUUUUUUUUUAUUUUCAGUAAAGCCUGGAGACUUUUUGUACUGAA